AUGAUAUUGGCCAAAGAGACUGCAGUACAGAGGGAGAGCAGCAGAGGGUGGGAGGAAGAGGAGGAGGAGCCCGAAAGAGGUGAGCAGAAGAGAGAGUAUAUCUUUAAAGGUAAGAGCAGGUGUCUCAGAGGGAGUGAGAAGGAGGAGGAGGAGGAAGAAGAGGAAGAGGAAGAGGAGGAGGAGCUGAGAGGUGAGCAGAAGAGAGAGUGUAUUUUUAAGGACCAGGACCAGGAUAAGAACCAGGACCAGGACCAGGACCAGGAUAAGAACCAGGACCAGGACCAAGACCAGGAUAGGAACCAGGACCAGGAUAAGGACCAGGACCAGGAUAAGAACCAGGACCAGGACCAAGACCAGGAUAGGAACCAGGACCAGGAUAAGGACCAGGACCAGGAUAAGAACCAGGACCAGGACCAGGACCAGGAUAAGAACCAGGACCAGGACCAAGACCAGGAUAGGAACCAGGACCAGGAUAAGAACCAGGACCAGGACCAAGAACCGUAUAAGGACCAGGACCAGGAUAAGAACCAGGACCAGGACCAGGAUAAGAACCAGGACCAGGACCAAGACCAGGAUAAGGACCAGGACCAGGACCAAGAACCGUAUAAGGACCAGGACCAGGAUAAGGACCAGGACCAGGAUAAGAACCAGGACCAGGAUAAGGACCAGGACCAGGAUAAGAACCAGGACCAGGACCAAGACCAGGAUAAGGACCAGGACCAGGACCAGGAUAAGGACCAGGACCAGGACCAAGACCAGGAUAGGAACCAGGACCAAGACCAGGAUAAGGACCAGGACCAGGAUAAGAACCAGGACCAGGACCAAGACCAGGAUAAGGACCAGGACCAGGACCAGGACCAGGACCAGGAUAAGGACCAGGACCAGGACCAGGAUAAGGACCAGGACCAGGACCAGGACCAAGACCCGGAUAAGGACCAGGACCAGGAUAAGGACCAGGACCAGGAUAAGGACCAGGACCAAGACCAGGAUAAGAACCAGGACCAGGACCAAGACCCGGAUAAGGACCAGGACCAGGACCAGGAUAAGGACCAGGACCAGGACCAAGAUAAGGACCAGGACCAGGAUAAGGACCAGGACCAGGACCAGGACCAAGAUAAGGACCAGGACCAGGAUAAGGACCAGGACAAGGACCAGGACCAAGAUAAGGACCAGGACCAGGACCAAGAUAAGUACAAGGACCAGGACCAGGAUAAGGACAAGGACCAGGACCAAGAUAAGGACAAGGACCAGGACCAGGAUAAGGACCAGGACCAAGAUAAGGACAAGGACCAGGAUAAGGACCAGGACCAGGACCAAGAUAAGGACCAGGACCAGGACCAGGAUAAGGACAAGGACCAGGACCAGGACAAGGAUAAGAACCAGGACCAGGAUAAGGCCCAGGACCAGGAUAAGGACAAGGACCGGGACCAGGACAAGGAUAAGGCCCAGGACCAGGAUAAGAACCAGGACCAGGAUAAGGCCCAGGACCAGGAUAAGGAUAAGAACCAGGACCAGGAUAAGGACGAAUGUGACAGAAGUUCCCACCAAAAAUGGACCAAGCAGCGUGUACUGGAGGGGUGGACUUGGGAGGAGAUCCUGGAUGGAGCAGGACCCUGGACGCAGACCGGGGAGUAUCGCCAUGCUAAGGAGGAGAUAGAGGCAGCGAGAGAGGAACGGCGACGAUACGAGGCGAUAGCUCAACUGAGCAAGCACGAGAAGCAACCCCAAGAACAUUUUGGGGUGGGGCACAUGGAGUCAGUCACGGAGUCGAGAGAGGAGCUCGACGCAAGAUUCCAGAGAGAGGUGCUGGCGUUGAGAGCGCUGCAGAGCGGGCGUGCUGAGGUGCGUGUCAUCAGCCCGGUGCCACCUGUACCGGUCCCACGCAUCAGGUCUCCAGUGCGCCUCCACAGCCCAGUGUGUCCUGUGCCAGCUUCCCGCACUUGCCUGGCUGGAUCCGGAGCCUCCAGCGACUGUCCCCAGUCCGGGGUCUCCAGUGACGGUCCCCAGUCCGGGGUCUCCAGUGACGGUCCCCAUUACGGGGUCUCCAGCAACGGUCUCCAGUCCGGGGCCUCCAAUGACGAGUUGCAGUCCAGAGUCUUCAGCGACGAGUUGCAGUCCAGAGCCCCCAGCAGUGGUUCCCAGUUCUGA